GGUUUUGCUUUUGUCUAUGAAGCUCAAGAUCUUGGAAGUGGCAAAGAUUAUGCUUUAAAGCGAUUGUUGUCUAAUGAAGAAGAAAAGAACAAAGCCAUCAUUCAGGAAGUUUGUUUUAUGAAAAAACUUUCAGGUCAUCCCAACAUUGUCCAGUUCUGCUCUGCUGCAUCUAUAGGAAAAGAAGAAUCAGACACGGGACAGGGAGAGUUUCUUCUGCUUACAGAGCUGUGUAAAGGACAGCUGGUGGAAUUCUUAAAGAAAGUAGAAUCCAAGGGACCUAUCUCCUGUGACACAGUUUUGAAGAUCUUUUAUCAGACCUGCAGAGCAGUCCAGCAUAUGCAUAAACAGAAACCUCCUAUUAUCCAUAGAGACUUAAAGGUGGAGAACUUGCUCAUUAGUAACCAAGGGACAAUUAAACUUUGUGACUUUGGCAGUGCAACAACUAUAGCUUACUGUCCUGACUACAACUGGUCUGCACAAAAGAGAGCAUUGGUUGAAGAAGAGAUCACAAGGAAUACAACGCCAAUGUACAGGACACCAGAGAUGAUAGACUUGUAUUCAAAUUUUCCAAUUGGUGAAAAACAGGAUAUUUGGGCUCUGGGCUGUAUCCUGUAUUUGCUGUGCUUUAGGCAACAUCCAUUUGAAGAUGGAGCAAAACUUCGCAUAGUCAAUGGGAAAUAUGUCAUCCCACAAAAUGACAACCGCUAUUCUGUGUUUUAUGAUCUAAUUCGCUCCACUUUGAAGGUGAACCCAGAGGAGAGAUUGUCAAUCACUGAACUUGUGAAUCAACUGCAGGAGGUUGCAGCAGCUAGGAAUGUGAAUCCUAAAUCUCCCAUCACAGAGCUCCUAGAACAAAAUGGAGGCUACGGAAACAGUGCUCAGCCUCGGACAUCUGUGACCUCUGUUUCACAGAGCUCUAAGCCUGCAGGACAGCUCAACAAUAUGUACAAUGCAGGCCUGACCAUUGCGGAAUGUGACCAGACUUAUGGAGGGUUCUUUGAUAUUCUGAGGGGUGGAACAGAGCGAUUUUUCACUAAUAUUAAGGAUACAUCUUCUAAAGUUAUCCAGUCUGUGGCCAAUUAUGCAAAAGGAGACUUGGAUAUAUCAUACAUCACUUCCAGAAUUGCUGUGAUGUCCUUUCCAGCUGAAGGGGUAGAAUCUGCCAUUAAAAAUAACAUAGAAGAUGUGCGGCUAUGUCUUGAUUCUAAACAUCCAGGCCACUAUGCCGUGUAUAAUCUCUCUCCAAGAACAUACAGGCCUUCAAGAUUCCAUAAUAGGGUUUCUGAAUGUGGCUGGCCAGCAAGAAGAGCACCAAAUCUCCAGAAUCUUUAUAGCAUAUGCAAGAACAUGCAUUUAUGGCUGAAACAAGACCAGAAAAAUGUUUGCAUUGUGCACUGCCUUGAUGGAAGAGCAGCAUCUGCAGUUGUAGUUUGUUCUUUUCUGUGCUUCUGUCGUCUCUUCACUACUGCUGAAGCUGCAGUUUAUAUGUUCAGUAUGAAACGCUGUCCUCCUGGCAUUUGGCCUUCUCAUAAAAGAUACAUUGAAUACAUGUGUGACAUGAUGGCUGAAGAACCCAUUAUUCCUCACAGCAAGCCUAUCCUUAUCAGAUCAAUCAUUAUGACUCCAGUUCCUCUUUUCAGUAAGCAGCGUAAUGGCUGCAGGCCUUUUUGUGAGGUUUAUGUGGGAGAUGACAGAGUAACGACUACCUCCCAGGAAUAUGACAAAAUGAAGGAGUUUAAAAUCGAAGAUGGGAAAGCAGUAAUUCCACUAGGUAUAACAGUUCAGGGAGAUGUUCUCAUUGUGAUCUACCAUGCCAGGUCAACACUAGGAGGCCGGCUACAAGCCAAGAUGGCUUCAAUGAAGAUGUUUCAGAUUCAGUUCCACACAGGUUUUGUGCCCCGAAAUGCCACCACAGUGAAAUUUGCCAAGUAUGAUCUGGAUGCCUGUGAUAUACAAGAAAAAUAUCCUGAUUUAUUUCAAGUCAAUCUGGAAGUAGAGGUGGAACCCAGAGAUAGACCUAGCUGUGAACAGCCACCAUGGGAUAACAUGAAUAUAAAGGGACUGAAUCCCAAGAUUCUUUUCUCCACCCGAGAGGAACAGCAAGAGAUUUUAUCAAAAUUUGGGAAACCGGAGCUGCCUAGACAGCCAGGUUCAACUGCACAGUAUGAAGCAGAAACAUCUCAGCUGGAGCAGUCUUCAGAAAGUGCACCUACCGAUACAGAAUCCCCACAUAGCAGUAGCACUGAUGCAAAUAACUUCUUCCAUUCUCUGGACUGGAAAGAAGGAAAAUGUCCAGAAAGUGGAAUAGAGGACAGUUCAUCUAAAAAUGAUCAUGUUCAUCUAUCGGAUGACAGGGAAGAGAGUGAUCCUUCAGAUGAGGAAUUCCCUACAUUUUUAGGUGAAGAAAGUGCAGUAAUUGUUGAUGAAAAAGACUCUAUAGCACCAGAAGGAGACUUGCUUUUUGAAGCCAAUUUUGAACCUCAAUCUACACUGUUAGAAAAAUCUCUUCCUGAAGAGAAUGUAGACUUACUGGGACUAGACUUUGAUAUUUCACCAGAACAGAAACAACCUAUCUCAGGAAUAAACUCUUCCUCAAGUAAUGCGGACUUACUAAACAAUCUGUUUGUUGGUAAUGUAUCAGAGAUUUCAGAAGAGCCCACAGGAGAUCUCCUUGGACAAGGAACAGAUUUCUUUUUCAGCAGUCAGUGUCCAGCUGCUACUCAGGGUAUGUCUUCAGCAGCAGCCAUGUCUUCAGCUGAUCCUUUUGACCCAUUCACAAUGUCAUCAAGUUCAGAAAAUCAAGCCAUGUCUGGUCUAGACCUCUUUGGGGACUUUCUUAAUCCAAGCUCAACAUCUACCGCUACUGCAGUUCAUUCCACACACAGUUCACUUCCACCUUCUUCUAGCUCAGAUUUCUUAAAUAUAGGGAAUCUGACACCAGAGCCACCUAAAAUAUCUUCAUCUACAAGCCACCCAGAUCUGUUAUGUGCUUGGGAUUCUUGGGCAAAUUCCUCAGGAACCAGCAGUGUAGUGUCACCACAGUUGAAGCCUCUUUUUGAAGGUCAAGCUUUUACCACAGGGAGCCAGUCCAGUGUGUCUUCAGGUCUGCCUUUCAGCCAGGCAAUAUCUCAGAACUUAGAUCCUUUUGCUGAUCUUGCCAAUCUUGGAUCUAGUCUUCCGGGUUCCUCCAGUGGUGGGCUCUCGAGUAGUGGCUUUGGUCAGAAGACUGCUCCAUCUCAGAAGCUGGGAAAUCAGUGGCAGAAAUCCACAAAACCACCAAGUCCUUCAUGGCAGUCCCAGACUAAAUCCAGCACAGCAGCUAAACCAAAUUACAUAGUAAACUUCAGUGUUAUUGGAGGGCGAGAAGAAAGAGGAGUCAGAACACCAAGUUUCAGUCAAAAGCCAAAAGUUUCAGAAAAUGACUUUGAGGAUCUCUUAUCUAAUCAAGGGUUUUCAGCUAAAUCUGAUAAAAAGGGACCAAAGACCAUUGCUGAGAUGAGAAAACAAGAAAUGUCUAAAGAUAUGGACCCCUUUAAACUCAAGAUUCUUGAAUGGAUUGAAGGAAAAGAGAGAAAUAUCAGAGCGUUAAUAUCCACUCUUCAUACAGUGCUUUGGGAAGGGGAAAAUAAGUGGAAACCGGUCAGUAUGGCAGAUCUAGUAUCUCCUGAACAAGUAAAGAAGUACUACAGGAAAGCAGUGCUUGUAGUUCAUCCAGAUAAGGCCACAGGACAACCUUAUGAGCAGUACGCCAAAAUGAUCUUCAUGGAAUUGAAUGAUGCAUGGUCAGAGUUUGAAAACCAGGGAUCGAAGUCCCUUUUCUAAAACUUUGUAUUUUACAGAACUACUUCUAAGAACUAGAGCUGAGCAUUGUUGUGACUUUAUUGCACCUAUGAUUUAUGAAGCACUUUUCCAUGAUUUCAGCAUAGUUUCUAAUUGUGCACUUAAAUGUGGUCAUGUAUUUUGUAAGAUGUAGAAUACACAGCAUUGGGUGCAUUAAGAAAACAGCUGCUUAGUACUUGAAGAAAUCAGUCUUGGAAGUAAACACUUCCUCUCAGUUUUACAUAUGGUAAAAUAGAAUUUUAAUGAAGCUCCAUGAUUUCUGGUAUACUGGUAUUAAUUAUGAAUCAUUCCAGUUUCACUGCUCUUUGCUUUACCUCUACCUUCCCAAAUUUCUGUUACUUUCAGUAGUUUCGUGAUUCAGUUUUGAUGUUUGAUGCCUUUUGCCUUAUUCAGAGUGCUUCAGUUAUCAGCAGUGACUUUGCUUUGCUUAUCUCAAACCUGAAAGUGUAUAUUUUCAGCUAUAUUUUAUGUAAUCAAUCUGAUAAUCAUUAUGUAAAUAAUGUUUUCUGAUAAUACCUGUGUUCCUUACAAUAAAGUAACAGUUGUUCAGCCAAAAAGACCCCAAAUGUGGGAAAGUCAGCCAGGGUUGUUCUUGAUUUUUAAUUUUUUUAAGAUAUGAAUCUAGAAACAAAUCUUGACUUUAAGGUCUGUGUGUUCAUGCUGUUUGUUAUUUAUUAUGAACCUUUGGAAGGCAGUAUGACCAGUACUUAUUUUCCUAGUUUUUUAAAUAGUCUUUUGCUUCGGAUUUCAGUGGAGCAUUCCUUCCACUGGAUUUCAGAUACUCUGAUAGAAAUAAUAUUAUUCUGAAACUUGAAGUGCAAGCACAAAAUAUUUUUUUCUGCUUUGAUUUGUCUUGAGUAAAUACUGCAUUACACAUUAUCAUGUGGAGAGCACUUAAAGUGCUUUAACAAAUCUUGCUGCAUGUCUGAAUUUCUGUAUUAUUGAGAUGUGCAUGACAUCAGUGUAUGUGAAAACAUGGGAUAUAUUGGUAGACCAGUGGAUUUCUGCUCACUUGCCUUCCAUGCACUGGCUAGUGCCAGAUGAGUAGAGAGACAUCUUGAUAACAAAACUUGUCAUAUUUUCUUAUCUCUACGCAGAACGCAGUUUUUCACUAGUGCUGGAGUGAAUGAAUGCAAAUGACCAAUGACUGUUAUGCAGUGUGUAGUAACAAAAUGUAAUUUUCAUAGUAAGUUUGAAAAUGUUAGAAGUUGGUGUUGUGGUAUUAAAACUUUGGCAACAGUAUCUUAAAUAGAACAGUUGGGCAUUCAAGGGGAUAUUUUGAUGAUCUAGUUUUAUACAUUUUUCGUGCUUUGCUGAGGGAAGCUGUACCAUUAUCAGAGGUAACUCUUCAGCUGACGAACAUCUAAACAGAAAACAUGAUUCUAAAGCCAACUGAACAGUGUGUUGGAUGAGAUUUUCCACUGCCACCCAGCCUGAGAGCUGGUGUAGAGACUUGUGAACACAGCAAUUCAUAGUCUUUAAGCUUAGAUCCAACACAGUUACUUACUAACAUCUGAUAAAAGGGUUUGUGUCUAUUCAUAUACAUAUUCAGCUACUGUGAUUUUUUUUUUUUUUUAAGAUGGAAGUCAGGAUCAGUUAUGAAUCAGGAAGGUUUUAUAUUAUUCAUAGCUGCAGUUGUAUUUCAGUUUCUGUUUUGAUGCAUUCUUAAAUCUCAGUAGAUUUCUUCAUAAAAAUCAGGUAACGAUGUCUGAUUUAGAGGAAGAGCUAAUUUUUUUCCUUGGGACUCUUCAUUAAUUCUCUGUAUGUGUGGUCCACAUCCAUGGAAAUUGAAGGCUUCUGCAGGUAGGAUAGGUUGGUUGGAGAUGUGUAUAGCUUUUUACAGUUCUAGGGCAAAUAAUAUCUAGUAAUAGGUUUAAAAAGACUCCUAUAUACAGCUGAGGGAUAAAGCAUUUCUGAGGGAGCUCCUUUUAAUAAGGAAGGACUACUUAAAAAACCCAUGUUCCUCUCAGCACAUACGGGCAACUUAAUUUUUAGGGACACAUUUUUAAUUGCUCAUUUCUUAAAAAAUGUAUAAAAAAUUGAAAAUGGGGAGGAAAGUAUCUUAUUCUGCCUUGUAUGUUACAUAGCAUUUUUUGGAUCAUGUCUACAUUUCUCUGUUUAUUUCUCUAGUUUGCAUAACUUUAACAGUGGAGAAAAACCUUGGGUGUGAUUUUAAGUGAGAAGGGAAACAUGAGUGUAAGUUUUUCAUCUGGAACUGAAGAUCUUUUGACAUUGAUUCUCACUUUUUAAAAUAAUGGAAAAUCCUGAAGUUUGGCUGUGGAUUCUUCCAAGAGCUACUUGAUAAUUACUGAAAUUUCAGUCAGGUUGACAGGAUCCCUCACCUUACUUAGUCAGCUCUGGUCCUCAGUGGGGUAUCUGACUGAUUGCUAUGUCCUGCUCCUUUCAACGUAGUUGAAUUUUGGUGUUAAUCUGGGAGAUGCUCAGUUUGGUAUCUCAAAUCUUGACAGUGAAACUUUCUGGGUGGGAUUUUCUUGUGUAAAUGUUACGAGUUAGCUGUGUUGCCCUCAAUGUGAAAA